GUCUGGCACUGCCUCCAUUUUGAAACGGACAUGGCUGGCACCAGCCACCAGACGCCCAAGCCCAAAUCCGAACCGUCGCUUCCAAUUCUUUCCUCGAUUAUAUUUUUCUUUUGAGGGAUUCUUUCCUCAGUUCUAGCCUUCCACAGGUUGUAGCUGCCCAAACCCACAGUGCUCUACCUGUAGCCCGCCCGAAGAAUGGAAGGGGACGCGGUUCUUUCGAGCAUGGAUUCCCUGUGGUUCUACUCCAGCGUCUUCCUCCGCCCGUCCUCCAACUCCAAGCACAAGGAGAGCGAGUGUGCAGAAGAGCCGCAGCAAGAUUCGGCAUCAGAAACCAACAAGACGACCAGCGGUGGUCGCCCUUGCCAGCCCCCCAAAUGCGUCAAGGAGGCGGCGGCGCAAACGGGGCGAAGAGCAGAGGGCGGAACAGUGCGAAUUGCGGAUGCGAGGGGCUGCAGCUGGGAGUGGGAUGAGCGGAUGGUCGCUUGGCAGAAGGAGCAGAGGCGGCGGGCGCGCGUUGCUGCGGCAGCCCGAGCCCGGUGCUCGCAGACGAUGAUGCCGCCGCCCGGAGAAGGCGUGGCCAUGAAGGCGCAUCUCAGGUCCUGGGCUCACGCUGUCGCUUGCUCCGUCAGAUAAGGGUUCUCCGUUCAGAAAUUAGGGAAAGUAAACUUUUGCUCCGUCUCUAAAUAACGUCAUCUCUUCAUGGUUGUACUUGCGGAUUAUAUAUUGUGGUUUAUGCGGUUCGUCUUUCAGGUAUGAUCACUUGAGGUGAGGCUCACAUUAACAUAACCGAUUCAUUUGACAUA